GAUGCUUUUAAACUUUACUCAUCUUUGAGGUUAGGUCAUUGAGAGCUUCGGGCUUACGGGUUGUAUUGGAACGAAAUUAUGCCGUAAAAUGCAGAAUUAAGAACAACUCGUUGCUCGGAAGGAUCAAAAGGAUGUUCCACAUCCUGGCCAGAAGAUGGAAGAUGACCACCAAUACUCUUGUCCAAGUUACACAAUGAAGGCAGGAUAUUCCAACUUCUGCGUACCCACACCGAACGGCCAGAUAUUCUACGCGUUAAGGUUACUUGAGGUGGAGGAGAUGCAUGCCAGGCUGAGGAACAACGACAUGGGCAUGAACGAGGACUUUUCCGACGAUGAACUCAUGGGGUACUCUUAUGUAGACAACUUAUCAGAUGUAAUACCCAGCUUCCCUGGCUCCGGUGAUCAAGCUUGUCGUUACGAGAGCAGAUUUGUCUAGAUUCGAGUACAAGAAGUUAAUCCUCUCUGAUAACCAUAUGAAAUUAAAGUUUAUUUAUUGCCCUGAUAUUAUUAUUAAUCGUACUAGUAACUAUCUUAGUAGUAAGGGAAAUUGUAUAAGAACAAUGUUCAUGAAAAAU